UUCUGAGUUAUUUCAUCUAAAAAGUCUUGUCUUAGUCGGAGAAUGAGUACUCCACUUUUCAGAAAAUGUCUUUAAGCUCAAAAACGUUACAUAAAAUAUAGGAGAUUGGGCGGUGGUUCACCAAACAACAUGAGUUUCUAGACUAAACAUAAAUUGUCUUGUGAAUCACCGCCUAAAUUGGUGCAAAUCCUUGGCACAAAAGAUCAAGUUAUGCAAUCAAUGGUUCAUAUACUUGCAAUUUACUAAUUGUUGUUGAUCUACAGCUUAUUGAGAAAUGAAUUCAUUUCGUGUGACUGUUGUAUGCUUUUGGAAUGGUUCAAUUAUUGCAAACCCGUUAUUGCCAUUGACGGAACACAUUUGUAUGGUAAGUAUCACCAUACGUCGUUGACUGCGAUUGCCCAAGAUGGGAACAAGGGAAUCUUCCCGCUUGCCUUUGCUUUGAUCGAAAAAGAAUGCAUAGUCGCUUGGUCUUGGUUUAUGGCGUGUGUUCGUAAGCAUGUGAUGCAUAGUCCAUGGUUAUGCGUUAUUUCCGAUAGGCAUGCGGGCAUUCUAGCAACCAUGGAGGAGCCAGAAUGGCAACCUCCAAACGCCCAUCAUAGGUUUUGCUUGCGGCAUUUGUUAAGCAACUUCAAUCGUCAAAUGGGUAAUGUGAAGUUGCAGAAAAUGUAUGGUAGGACUGCAGAGCAAAGACAACCAAAUAAGAUCGUCGAGGGAUUGAAGGCCAUUGGUGUUGCUAACCGAGAGACUCUUUUUUGGAUUGAUCAAGUUGGUGAUAUGUGCAAAUGGUCAAUAUGUCAUGAUGAAGGAUAUAGAUACGGUGUUACUAAUACCAACUUAGCGGAAGUGUUCAACAACGUGAUGAAGGGUGUACGUUUCUUGCCCAUAACUACUCUUAUGGAGUUCACCUUCUAUCAUGUUAAUGAUUACUUUGUUAAGAGACGGGAGAACGCAAAUGCAUGGCUAAUUGGGGGAAGUAUUUCUUUUACCUGAUUGGUGCUGUCUUGUUCUACCGCGAUCAACUCGAUAAACUACGUGCUGACCAGUUUCUAUGGGACCCUUACCCCCCUGAGGCAUACGCUGCAUUGCCUCAGCACUCGGGCAUAUUGUCAGGGGCAUAGAGAGCAUCUGUACCUCUGAUCUGCUUCGAAAUAGUCGAAGUGCAUCUCCUGAGCGCGUACUGCGCCAAUUUGGGAUGGUACAGGGCAUCCCACCUCCAUGUGACACAGAAGCGGAGCUCCACCACUCUCGCAAGGGUCGGGAACCCAAGAACUGGCUAGAGGUCAACUGGCGCCAUGUCGCUCGUUGGGAGCACAGGCUAGAGCUGCUGGCCCAAGGUGCGCCGAUCGACGCUGCAGGCGCACAUACUACGGCGGAUUACAUGCUGUGGUUCCUCUCCAUUACUCGUCGAUGGAUGACACCACGAAGUAUCAUGGCGGCAUCUCAGUACACUCCCGCAGCACCGAUGAUGACACACUUUGUAAGCAUUCUUCAACAUUGAUUAUUAUCCAUACAACUUACACUUUAAACAUUUCAUUAGUACUUAAGUCUUACUGCAGGCACAGG